GCAGGUGACUCGCCCCCAUUCAUUUGCCUCUUACCUGCGCUGCCGAGGCCGCUUCUUCCCGGCCCGGGGCUGGAUUUGGAGGAGUCUCCCGUUUCAUCUGACACCAUCCUGGUGCGGCGCAGGCUGACUCCUGAGGGGUCACGUCUGAGAAGUGAUGAUGGUCUCCGUGUAGAAACCACCGGCGACCUCACGAGCUACUAGGGAUUUUUUUCUCUGUCUUCCAUUGUCACGCUGAAGGGAUUUCUUUCUUUUUUUUUUUUUUUUUGGACUUUGAGAUGAAUGCUAAUGUGCCAUUGAUUAUCGAUGAAAAAGGUCGUGCCCAGUAGUUGCCUUUAACUGUUUGAGCUGUGCGACGUUUACUUUACCCAGGGAAGAGUCUGAGACCAUUUGCUUUCAUCCUUGAUUUCUGGUUUCCCUGGGUUAUGGUAACGUUUGACUGUAAAACAAAAUCGUACAAAGGGACCUUGGAUUAUAGCUGAGCAUGGUAGGAUCUUGAACUCACAUUGGAAACAGAAGAGGCAAAGGAAUGGCAUCCAGAGAGCGGCUCUAUGAACUUUGGAUGCUUUAUUGCAACAAGAAAGACCCAGAUUACUUGAAGCUCUGGUUGGACAGUUUUGUUUCUAGCUAUGAACAGUUUCUGGAUGUGGACUUUGAGAAGCUUCCCACUAGGGUAGAUGACGUUCCUCCGGGAAUAUCGCUACUUCCUGAUAACAUUCUGCAGGUCCUGAGGCUCCAGCUGCUACAAUGUGUCCAAAAAAUGUCAGAUGGACUAGAGGAGCAGCAACAAGCUCUGUCACUUUUGCUUGUCAAAUUCUUCAUCAUCCUUUGCAGAAAUUUGGCUAAUGUGGAGGAGAUUGGGAUGUGCUCCUACAUAAACCAUGUCAUCACAAUGACUACUCUGUAUAUUCAGCAGUUAAAAAGUAAAACAAAAGAGAAAGAAGUGGCAGAUCAAACACCUAUAGAAGAAUUUGUAAGACAUGCACUGGCUUUUUGUGAAAGUCUCUAUGAUCCGUAUCGAAAUUGGAGACAGAGAAUUGCAGGACGAAUUCUUAGUAAUGUUGAAAAGAGCAGACAGAAGUAUAAACCAGCCUCUCUUACUGUGGAGUUUGUCCCUUUCUUUUACCAAUGCUUUCAAGAAAGUGAGCAUCUUAAGGAAAGCCUUAAAUGCUGCCUGCUACAUCUCUUUGGAGCUAUUGUGGCUGGCGGACAGAGAAAUGCUCUUCAGGCGAUAUCUCCUGCCACCAUGGAAGUCUUGAUGUGUGUUUUGGCAGACUGUGAUACCUGGGAUGAUAGGAACCCUGAGGAAGUGAAUAGGAAGGCAGAGCUGACUCUUAAGUGCCUGACAGAAGUAGUGCAUAUCCUUCUGACCAGCAGUUCAGACCAGCGACAAGUUGAGACCAGUAGCAUAUUGGAGAACUAUUUCAAAUUACUUAAUUCAGACCAUUCAGCUUUGCCUAACCCAAGAAGAUCUAGACAGUGGGAGAGCAGAUUUAUAGCACUACAGAUCCAAAUGCUCAACACCAUCACAGCCAUGUUAGACUGCACAGACAGGCCUGUUCUACAGGCAAUUUUCCUUAACAGUAACUGCUUUGAGCAUCUCAUCCGCCUCCUGCAGAACUGCAAGCUGUUUUUAAAUGCUAACAAUAAAGUGGCAGACAAGAGUGAAAAAGACCUUGCCAACAAAUUACUGACAGAAAUGAAUGAGGACCAGGUGUUUCAGGGGCAGCUAGACUGCUUGGCAGUUUCUACCAUUCAAGCCCUUACGUCAGUGAUGCACAAAUCUCCAGCUGCUAAGGAGGUCUUUAAAGAGCGUAUUGGUUAUGCACAUAUAUAUGAGGUACUCAAAUCUCUGGGUCAGCCCUCACGGGAGUUGCUGAAAGAACUUAUGAAUAUGGCUGUUGAAGGUGAUCAUAUGUCUGUUGGACUGUUGGGCAUUAGUAAUGUCCAGCCCUUAUUGCUGCUAAUCCAGUGGCUUCCAGAACUAGAGUCACAUGACCUACAGAUCUUCAUCUCAAAUUGGUUGAGGCGAAUUUGCUGUAUUAACAGGCAGAGCCGUGCAACGUGUGUCAAUGCAAACAUGGUCACCUGCAUCAUUGAGACGUUAAACUUUCACUCUGCCCUCCACUGCACUUGUGCUGAGAACAUGAUUGCCCUUCUAGGUUCUUUGGGGAGUCAGUCAAUGAGCUCUGAAGAACUGCUUCAACUAAUACGACUGCUGAGAACUGAUGAACCAAAAGAGCCUCACCCUUAUGUCAUCCCUGUGAUGCGUGCAGUUCUGGCAAUGGCUCGGAAGCAGGGCCUGGACAGUGCCUUGCAAUAUUUUGACUUAUCCCAUAGCAUGGCAGGAAUUGCUGUGCCACCUAUUCAUAAAUGGCCAGGCUCUGCCUUUUCUUUCAAUGUUUGGCUAUGUCUCGAUCAGGACCAAGCAACUCCUGGCCUUGGCAGCAAGGGUGGCAAGAGGAAGCAACUGUACAGCUUUUUUACAGGAAGUGGAAUGGGGUUUGAAGCCUUUAUUACCUACUCUGGAGUGCUGGUGGUUGCUGUUUGCACAAAGCGAGAGUAUGCAACAGUGAUGCUACCAGACCAUUGUUUUUGUGACUCUCUCUGGCACAAUAUAACUAUUGUUCAUGUGCCUGGAAAAAGGCCCUUUGGUCAAAGCCUUGUCUACAUUUAUGUCAAUGGACAGCAGAAGGUAUCUGCCCCACUCAGAUUUCCUGCAAUGAAUGAACCAUUUACUUCUUGUUGCAUUGGUUCAGCUGGUCAGAGGACAACUACUCCACCUCCAUCUCAAAUACCAGACCCACCUUUCUCCUCUCCUGUUCUGCCUCAUCGAACAUCACUAGGUGGGAUUCUUUCCCCAGCAAGCUGGGGUGGGCUACUUACAAAACCAGAGCUGAUCACCAAGAUGAUCUCAGCAGGAACCCAGGAUAGUGAAUGGGGAUGUCCAACAUCACUGGAGGGCCAGCUUGGGUCAGUUAUCAUCUUCCAUGAAGCACUCCAACCCUCUCAGGUGAAAGCAUUAUAUUUAGCAGGUCCAAACUGCUUGACUCCAUGGAAACCCCAAGAAUCUGAAGUAGCAGAUCUGCUCAGUAAAGUGCUCCUUCACUAUAUACCCAAGGCCUGCAGAACUCCAAUCUGCCUUGACCUGUCCACAAAUCUUUUACAUGGAAGGUUAACUGGAAACAAAGUAGUGAACUGGGAUAUCAAGGAUAUGAUAAAUUGUAUCGGUGGGUUAAAUGUGUUGUUUCCACUGCUGGAGCAGAUCAGCUUUCUCAGUGGACAGGUUCCUGAGAGGUCUGAUGGGACCACUAUACCUCCAGAAUUGCUGACUCCUAUUGAAGGAGACUGGGUGGUAUUAACUUCCACCAAGGCUUCAGAGGCUCGCCUGGAAAAGAAUAUUGUUGCAACUUUCAUUUUGAUGAUAAAACACUUUAUCCAAAGGCAUCCUAUUAAUCAAGAAAAUCUCAUUCACUCCCAUGGAGUUGCUACCCUAGGAGCCUUGUUACAGAAGGUGCCAAGCAACUUGAUGGAUGUGAAUGUAUUGGUGGCUGUGCAGUUAUUGAUUGAACAAGUCUCUGUAGAAAAAAAUGUGCAACUCUUGCAACAGAUGUAUCAACACUUACUCUUUGACUUCAGUAUCUGGAACCAUGGAGAAUUCCCUUUCCAAAUUGGACAUAUACAAUACCUUUCCACAACCAUCAAAGAUAGUAGGAGGCUCUUCAGAAAGAAGUAUGGAGUGCAGUUCCUACUUGACACACUUAGGAUUUAUUACGGAAGUGGCUAUGAAGACAGUGACUUGGCUCCAGAUGACCUCAGAACAAUACGUACAUUCCUCUUUGGACUGAUUAAGUAUUUCUUAAGCAAAGGUGGGGCACAUGAGGAAAUGCAGAGCAUCAUGGGAUACAUAGCUGCCACUAAUGAAGAGGAACAACUUUGUGGUAUUCUGGAUGUUCUCUUCAGCCUACUUCAUACCAGCCCAAACCCAGACCAGCUUUUUUUGUUGCUUUUUGAACCAGGAAAUGCUGACAUCCUGUAUGCUUUGUUGUUGAAUCAGAGAUAUACUGAUAAGCUAAAGGAAUUUGUAUUCAAGAUUGUAGAGCAGAUGCUGAAAUGUACUAAAGUUUAUGAACGGAGUAAACAGCGUUUGAGACUCAGGGAAGUGGGAUAUUCUGGACUGGGUCUGCUUCUGAAUGAUUCGCCGGUUACCAUUUCUCUUAUUAAAAAUCUUCUCAACCAAGUUCUAUAUGCAGAUCCUGUUGUGAGUUAUAGAGACCUAAUAGCUGUAGUACACCUGGGUCAUAGAGCAGAUGUAAAUGUCAGAGUGGCCAUCUGCAGAAAGGUCUUACAUCUUUUGCAUUACCAGCUGGAUGCAGCACAACAGAUUAGUCAGCAGUUGGGCUGGCAGGACACUUUGGUUAGACUAUUCCUUAAAGAGAACUCUGAUAUCAAGCACGGCAUUAGAGAGAGCAGGGCUGAUUCCACAAAGGAAGAUGAAAGAAAAUUUUCUGCCGAAGAGCUUCGGAAACACUAUGCUGACAAGGCAGAGGGGGAGAAAUCUGGUGCUUUUGCCUCAGUUAAUGGUUCGUGUGAUCAAUGGAGUUUGGAAAAUGGCAGAUCUGUAGAUGCUACUGCUCCUUUUUCUGGGACACUGCUGGAGGAUACCUCUGUGGCUGAGAUGGCUUUUAGGACAGAGGACCAAGAAGAGUUAUGGCACAGUAAUACUUCACACUUGAGUUUAGACCUAUCCCUUGUUGACUCCUAUGUGCUGGCUGAUGGUGGGAAUCAAAUGACAGACAGCUUACCCAGCACACCAUCACCUGUAGAGAACUCUAAACCAUUCUCUUGUCAACCUGAUAAAGAACCAAGCACUCUAAAUGAUAUGGGCUUCAACCUUGAUCUUUCUUUAUUUGAAUACCAAGGAGGAUCUGAAGAUGACCUCAUACAGUUGCUCACAGAUGCUUUGCUCUGUGUAAUGUGGAAAGGUCUAGAAAAGUCUGAUGAUGCUUCCUGGAUUGAGAGGGGACAGGUGUUUUCUGCACUGACCAAACUGGGGAUAUCCAAUGAGUUGCUGCGACCUUCAGAUGAAAUAAAACUUAACUUGCUAGAGAAGAUGCUGGAAUGGGCAGUCACUGAUAACAGAGAUGCUAAAGCUCUCCUAACGCAUGCUGAAAAUGGCUUUCGGCUCCUGCUCAUUGUACAGGAUUUUUUACAGGCAGAAGGGCUAGUCAAUUCCAAUUUGUGGACAGAGAAGCUCUUGGAAGAGCUGGUGACUCUGAUGGAUGACCUGUCAAUUUGGUACCCCAAUGGCCCAGAAUCAGUCAAACUCUCCCAAGUGCAGGUGCAGUUGCUCCUUGGAUUCAUUGGACAAGAUAAUUUACAGGUUUGUGCUAUGGCAGCAGCUAAACUAAACACCCUCCUUCAAACUAAAGUAAUUGAGAGCCAAACUGAGGCAUGCUACCUGCUGGGCAAGCUGGAAGGCAUUCUGAGUAGAUCAAUCAAAGAGAAGACAGAAACAUACUCAUUCCUAAUUCCUCUGGUUCGAACACUGGUAUCCAAAAUUUACCAACUUCUUUUUAUGAACCUGCACCUACCUUCAUUGCCUUCUGCCAAUGGCAGCCCUUCUUUCUUUGAGGAUUUCCAAGAGUAUUGCAGCUCUAGUGAAUGGCAAAUUUAUAUUGAUAAAUAUAUUAUUCCAUACAUGAAACAGUAUGAAGACAAUACAUUCAGAGAGGGCCACGAGCAUAUGGCACUUUAUUGGAAAGACUGUUAUGAGGCUUUAAUGGUGAAUAUGCAUAAGCGAGACCGAGAGAGGGGAGAAAGCAAGUUGAAAUUUCAGGAGUAUUUUGUGGAGCCAUUUAACCGAAGGGCUCGCCAGGAGAAUCUGCGUUACAACAGCACACUAAAACAACUUAAUAGUCAGCGGACAGCUAUACUGAGACAGUGGAGGGCAGCACAGCUUUACCUCACUUGUGAAAGGGGCCCAUGGGCUGAAAGGAAAGAGAGUCCUAUGCAUUGGAAACUUUCAAAUGUGGAAAAUUACUCGCGUAUGAGGCUAAAACUAGUGCAGAAUUACAGCUUCAACUCCCAUCAAGAGGCCAGUGCCCUAAGGGACAAUCUAGGAGUACAUCAGACACAGCCAGCUAGCGAGUCUCUGCUUCUGGAGGUGGUAAAGCAGGUGAAAGUCAGUGACAUGGAGGAUGAUGUCCUUGAAUUGCUAGAAGAAGACACAGCAGCCAGUGUAAACAAGGAUGAGAAGGAGGAGCAAAGCCAGAAAGAAAAGUUAGUAUUGUCUGAAGACUGUGAACUUGUUACAGUAAUUGAUUUAAUACCUGGAAGACUGGAGGUCACUACUCAGCACAUAUUUUUUUUUGAUGGUAGCAUUGAAAAAGAAGGGGUAGGUUAUGAUUUCAAAUGGGCUCUUUCUCAAAUUCGAGAGAUACACUUACGUCGUUACAACUUGAGGAGGUCAGCUUUGGAGAUCUUUCUUACUGAUCAGACCAACUACUUCCUUAACUUCAAUAAGGAGGUGAGAAACAAAGUAUACAGUCGAAUUUUGUCACUUCGCGCUCCAAAUAUUUAUGGGACCAGGUCUCCUCAGGAACAGUUUAAAGCUUCAGGCUUGAUGCAGAAAUGGGUGAACAGAGAAAUAUCUAACUUUGACUACCUCAUUCAACUGAAUACUAUGGCAGGACGAACUUACAAUGACCUUGCACAAUAUCCAGUGUUUCCCUGGGUCCUUAGAGAUUAUACUUCAGAAGAGUUGGACCUGAAUAAUCCUGCUGUCUUCAGAGAUCUGUCCAAGCCCAUUGGGGUGGUGAAUGAAAAGAAUGCCAAAGCUGUGAAAGAAAAAUAUGAGAAUUUUGAAGAUCCUCUUGGGAUUAUUGACAAAUUUCACUAUGGUACACACUACUCAAAUGCUGCUGGUGUGAUGCAUUACCUCAUUCGGGUAGAACCUUUCACCACACUUCAUAUCCAGCUUCAGAGUGGCAGGUUUGAUUGUGCAGACCGGCAGUUCCAUUCCAUUCCUGCCACGUGGCAGGCUCUCAUGGACAACCCAAAUGAUGUGAAGGAGCUCAUUCCAGAGUUCUUCUACUUCCCAGAGUUUUUACAGAAUCAAAAUGAUUUUAACUUGGGUCAGUUACAGAUCUCCAAAGAAGUAGUGAAUGAUGUUAUUCUCCCCAGAUGGGCCCAUUCACCUGAAGAUUUCAUUUGUAAACACAGGAAGGCACUGGAGUCUGAGUACGUCUCUGCUCAUCUCCAUGAAUGGAUAGAUCUGAUUUUUGGCUACAAGCAGAGGGGACCAGCUGCAGUGGAGGCACUCAAUGUAUUCUAUUAUUGUAGUUAUGAAGGAGCUGUGGAUUUGGAUGCUUUAACAGAUGAGAAGGAGAGGAAAGCUUUAGAAGGGAUGAUUAACAAUUUUGGACAAACACCCUGUCAACUGCUAAAGGAACCUCAUCCUCCUAGAUUAUCUGCAGAAGAAGUGGUGCAGAAGCUGACCAAAAGUGAUACUUCCACCCUGAAUCUUUUCCAGCAUCUCCCUGAGCUUAAGUCAUUUUUCAUUGAGGGAAUCAGUGAUGGUGUUCCCAUUGUGAAGGCGGCUGUCCCUAGAAACCAGUCACGUUCCUUUAUGUCUCAGGGGAGCCCGGAGAUCUUGGUAACCGUAAGCCUGAAUUGCAUUGUUGGAACCCAUGGGUGGCUACCUUAUGAUAGAAAUAUCUCUAACUAUUUUACAUUUCUCAAAGAUACAACUGUGACAAACCCUAAAACCCAGCGUAGCAUGAGUGGCCCUUUUGCUCCAGGGCUAGAGAUCACCUCCAAACUAUUUGCAGUGUCCCAUGAUGCAAAGUUGCUGCUUAGUGGAGGACAUUGGGACAAUAGUAUCAGAGUGACAUCGCUUACAAAAGGCAAACUGAUAGGACAGCAUAUCAGACACAUGGAUAUUGUGACCUGCUUGACUAUAGAUUUCUGUGGGAUCCAUUUGAUUUCUGGUUCCAGAGACACUACAUGUAUGAUAUGGCAAAUAAUUCAACAGGGAGGAGUUCCUAUAGGCCUGGCAUCUAAACCCUUACAGAUUCUCUAUGGACAUACAGAUGAGGUACUGAGUGUUGGCAUCAGCACUGAACUGGAUGUGGUGGUGUCAGGAGGCAGGGAUGGCACUGUGAUUAUCCAUACUGUUCGCAAGGGUCAAUACAUGAGAACCCUGCGACCACCUUGUGAGAGUUCCCUCCUCCUGACUGUUCCCAACCUGGCAGUGUCCUGGGAAGGACACAUAGUUGUCCACACCAGUAUAGAAGGAAAGACCACUCUCAAGGAUAAGAAUGCAUUACAUCUCUAUUCUGUGAAUGGGAAGUAUUUGGGCUCAGAAAGUCUAAAGGAGGAGCUAUCAGACAUGUGUGUGACUGGCGAGUACAUUGUGACUGGCAGCCUACAGGGAUUCCUCUCCAUCCGAGAUCUCUACAGCCUGAAUCUCAGCAUCUCCCCCUUAGCCAUGAGACUGCCAAUUCACUGCAUUUCAGUUACCAAAGAAUACAGCCACAUCCUUGUGGGCUUGGAGGAUGGAAAAUUGAUUAUCAUUGGUGUUGGCAAGCCAGCUGAGAUGCGCUCAGGUCAGCUUUCCCGAAAGUUGUGGGGAUCAAGCAAACGGCUCAGCCAGAUUUCAUCAGGAGAGACUGAAUAUAACACUCAAGAUUCCAAGUGAUUGCUGCUUCUGUCUUCUCUCAUGGAUCCCAGAAACUUAAAAAAAAAAAUUUAGGUCACUUUAUGCAUAUCUCUCAACUUCCUAAUGAGUGUUUCAGGGAUUUUUGAUCCUUGAUAGUCAGUUAACGAACAAGCUGUGGUAGAGGUACAAUAAUUUGCUUAUCUAUAUACAUGCAAAUUCACCUACAACAUCUUGCAUAAUUUUCUUUCUUUAUCAUUUUGAUUUGGUAACAGAAAGAGUCUCUAGAAAUUUUUUUUCAGAAAACCACCUCUAAUUGGAUAUAAAAGACAGAUGACAUCAGAUACUGGUGAUAAAUGCCAGAUGCUCUCCACUUGCUUGGAAAAUAUUAACUAACAUGGAAGGAAAAUCUUUGGUCUUACUUUGGCUUUGUAAUUUCAGGAUAGUGAAGUUAAAGUUCCUUCAAUUACACAUGUUCUAACAAAAUUGGGACAGUUGAGAGUGUAUGACUUUGAAUAUGCUCCUUAGACCAAUAGCCUUGCAGUUUAUUGCUGUAAAUUUAUUAUUAUCUUCUAUUGUGUGCCUCCUGAAGAAAUCCAUUUUAAACAUUUCUGUAAGGAGCACCUUUAUUGCACUACUUGAUUUUCAGCAAUUGCUCAAUUAUAGAAAUGAAUGAUAAUCUCAUAGGAACUGGGAAGUAUUUUCUUCAUAACACUUAUACUGGUCAGCACAGCUUUUUCUUGUGAAUUUUGGCAUUUUCAGAAAGUACGUGUUAAUGAAAAGUGUUGCAGUAGUUACUGUUGGGAAAGCCUGAUUUUUAGGGAAACGGCUUAAUGUUUGUUAGGCAGGGAAGAGGUGAGUGCAUGUGUGAGACCUCAGAAAUAUCAUUCCUGUACAUCUUUUCAGAAAGGAGGAGGGAUAGUUUAGUUUAAAAGGAAGAUGCAAAAUUGACUCUUUAGUUAUUUUCUUUUCUCAGAGAACCUUGCUUCAGCUCCUGCCACGGCUUUCCUUCUUUUAUUUAUGGGAAUGCAUUUGCAUCUCUUCUAAAUAUUGUCAGCUUUCCCUCCAUGAGUGGGGAGUUGUUGAGUCACCUGAGGGGUCCUAUGAUGUUAUAAUUUCAUUUAAUUAAUUUUUAGUACUGUGUUUGUUGUUAUAAAUGCAAAGUAGCAGCAAUCCUUUUUCCACCAAGGAGGAUAUUUAGAAGACACAUUGGUCUCCUUAAGUGUGCAACGUCUUAUUCUUAAUUUCUUAAAGCAAGUAAAGGUCUUAUCUUGCUUUUAAAGACUUUUUAAUGAUCUUAUUAUGGAAUAUUCUAACACUAAUUUUAUAUUGUUCUGCUUAACCUUUAGUGAAGGGAGUAAGAAGAAAGCUGAACAUUAUGGAUUCUGUAGUUUUAACCCAUACAUAACUAACUAGUGUAGCAGAUCAAAUCAUCUGGAAAGUUCUGGGAAACAUUUCUUUGGGGCACUUAACAGUUCAGUUCUUAAUUCCUAAAAAUAAUUUAAAGUAGCGUGUUUUGCAUAUGGUUAGACAAUUUAGAAAUUUAUGUUGUAACUUUUUUAGAAGGGGGAGGUUUAUCAGUCACUCUAACCUAUGCACAUACCCACCAGUAUGUUUUGAAAUGAGCUAUAGAUGUAAAGAAAGUCUAAAUGAAAAAUGUUAAUAUAGAUUAAUCUAGUCACUGAUUCAGCAACAAUGCCAAGGAUACUCUGGAAGUAUUAAGCACGUAUGUGAAUGUGAAAUAGGUUUGUCUUUGUAAUUUUUAUGAACAAGGGAUUUUUGAAGAGUUAUUUAGACAGAGAAGUAUAAAAGAAUCACAGUUUUGUAUGUGUGAUUUAUUGUCAACUGGGGUCGUGUGUUCAAAAAAAAUCUUGUUUUGGGGCAUUGUGUUGAUGUUUUUUCUAAAUGUAUAUUUAAGAGGUUAAAUAUGUAUAUUUGGAUUAAAAAAUAGAAAGGCUAAUUCAGAAUAGCAGAAACAAAAUGGAAAAAUGAAGUCAUUGGUUUGUAUGAUGCUUAGCCAGAAAACAAGUCUUCAUUGUCAUUUGUGUAAAGGGGGUGUGCAUGUGGGUUUGAUACAUCUGUGUUUGUUUGAGGCAUGUUAUUUAUAAAUUACAAUUUUUGAGUUGAUACCAGAUUUUUAGCAUUUUAACCAAACAAAUGGGGAAAUUAGAUCAAGUUAAAAAAAUAACAUAGAUAUGCAAACCCAGAUGCAGGCAUGUAUAUCAUAACGAUAAUUUAAAUACAGAACACUAAUUAAUUGAUUGUGGUGCUUCACAAGCAUUUCUUAACUUGCAAACAUUAGCUAUCAGUAUAAAUUAAAGCAGCUCUCAGACUGCUGCAGCUUGCUAGAUGGCCAACCCUGUACAAAGCAGCAGGAGGAUAACAGGAUUCCAAAGGUGAGCUUAAGCCACUUUUGCAUAUACCAGUGACAAGUACUUUGUAUAGAUUGGCCAUAGCUGAGGAUCUGGCCCCUUGAAAAUAGGGGGUGAUUAUGAAUACAAAUUUGUCUGUUCUUAUCAUGCCCCACCAGCAGCUGGAUUUCUCAGCCUCUGACCGGUGUCUGUCUGGAAGCAUUAUGCUUUUGUCUUAAGCAGUCAACACCUUCCCUAAAAUUUGGCUGUUAAUAAAGAUGUGGUGUAUGACUCUAGUUCAGGCUUUAGCUGAUAUUUAAUUUAUUUUCUUGUAUUUUUUUCUAGAUUUAAGUAGAACACUACUUUUCCCCUUUGUUGCAUUGUGGCUGAUUUGCUGCCUGGACUAAAUGGUGGAUAGUGGAUUAGUGAACUGCACUUUUUUCCUUUGGUUUCUCAGAUUUUUUUCACUCUUGAAUAGCGUUUUCAGAUUCUACCAGAUAGACUUUUUGGGGUAUAGCAGACAUGUCAGGACUCAGAUUCUCCUUAGCUUUUUUUCUGAGAUUUAUUUAUUUAAUUUUAGGAAGAGUAAUGCUGUCGUGAAGCAAUUCUGACCUGUAAUUCAGAUCAGACAUACCUGAAUGCACAGCUGUUUCAUAACACUAAGAACAGUUCCAAACCCUUUUUUGUCUUUUUUUUUUUUUAAUUCUUUGGAAACCAUGGUUAUAUCUAUAGAAGUCUAAAAAAUAUUAUGCUUACGUAUGAAGUGGACUUGAAAUUAGCAAUAUAAAGAUACAUAUUUAAACAAAGUGGAAAUUUGUCUUAUUUAUUCUUAACAAUUUAUAAAUGGAAUCAAGCAAUUGGUGAUAUUUUAUCUAUAACUUUUAUUUAACAUAGUCUGAACUUACUUACAAAAGUACGGUGCUUAGAAAAAAAUUCCGUUUAUUUCUAAUACAGUACAGUGCAUUUGUUAAACUUCUCUCUCAUUAUCAAUUUGUUAUAAGUCUUGGUGGUGGUAAUUUUUGUGUGUUACUCUUAUGUACUGUGGAGAAUCUGUCAUCUGGUCAUCUUAAGUGUGUGUUUGGAAGAUGACAGCAUUCAGAGUUAAACCCUCAGUGUCAAAGCUAAGAUAUGCGUGGGUUAUGAUGUCAGAGUAUUGUUCAUUUUCAGUGUAUAAUCCUCAUUUUGUGCAACACUUAAGAACUUUAUCCCUUUCAUUAUUCACCUAUAUUUCCAUCACCAGCACCAAAAAAUAUCCCAUUUUAAACUCUUAUUUCUCUUCGCAUGUAAAAUGUUUUGCAAAGGGAAGUGCUUAGAAGCCCAUUUAAUUCACGAAGUAUCUUAAAUAUUUCUUUCUGUAGUUGUCUAGACAUUCACUUAAACCUUUUUAUCAUGGCCUACUUAGGUAAAAACACUAAAAAUAGUUAUUUCAAAACUGACUUUUUUUUAAUUGCACAAGGGGUAUUAAGAAUUGACUAUUUUUGUAAGGAGCCUCUUUUGGAAGCUAGAUUUUGUCUUAAAAUAGAGUGCAGAGAGUUGAAACAAAAA